AGUUUGGCACGCGACACGGAACGCCAGAGCAAAACCAGCCGCAGAACGGAACACACUCGUCCGGGCUCCAGAGGUUCGGUCCGGUGGAAUCUAACGGUAGUGCAAAGGCAGCUGCGGGCUAACAUGAAGGACUGAUCCCAAGCAAGGACUCCCAAUCAGUUGAGAUUGUUUACGAUUGUGAUAGUUAGUGUUACGAUAAGUGUUUGAGUGGCAAUGGCUUCGAAUAUGACCACCGUUUCGUUUCGGGAUAUCGCCACGUUGAACCCGUUGAAGCGAAUGAAGUUCAAGGAAAACCAAGUGAUGAUUCCGAUCGGGUCGACCAUGGAAAACUUUGAUGAAAACGAACCUUCGGUAGUGCUAAAGCGGAAGAUUCCCUUGGGAACACUCGGCAGUAUCGAAAAUGUGAUGUAUAACACUGCCGCCGCAGAUCUACGGAAACCUUUGGGCAACGUUAUGUCUCCAGGUCCGGGAAGGCGUAAGAAUUCUGAACCUAAGAGUACGGUCAAUGCAGUUGAACGACGGAAUGCUCGAGAGCGCAAUCGAGUUCAGCAGGUAAACAACGGAUUUGCGGCAUUGCGUCAACGAAUUCCUGAGGAGAUCGCAGAAAUCUUCGAAGCCGGGAAUACUCGGGGAGUUCACAAAAAGCUAAGCAAAGUAGAAACCCUUCGCAUGGCCGUGGAAUACAUCAAGUGCCUGGAGCGUAUGCUAACCCUUGAUCCAGAGAAGGAAGGCAGCGUUUUCAAAAUCCAACCACCUCAACAGCAGACGGUAACUCAGCUUCCGGCAACUCCUCCUCCAGAACCGGUGCAGUCUAACAAUUUCUUCCUCGCAAUCAAACCCCGUGCCAUCGGGAACUCAAACGGAGCUUCCCUCGAUCAAACCCAGAUCACCAUCAUCAACGGCCAUCAGUACAUCCGCAUUCCCGGCACCAACACCUUCCAAUAUCUGGACCCGGAGAGCCUGUACGACGAUUCCCCUCACAACAGUUCUUUCUUCGCUGACAGCAGCUCUGUCAACGACCAGGACGUUGUCCAGGAAGACUCGGACGACCUAAUGAGCGAAUCGGCCAUCGCAUUCUCUCCGCAAAGCAACUACGCUCUGGAACCGGAAGAGCACAAAGACGAGCCGGCGGUCUUCCUGAACCGAUCGGUGGACGAUGGCAAGAUCCUGUCCAUGAUCGAUCAACAGCAAUACGCCGACCUUAUGAUGAUCAAAAGUGAACUCGAAGAGGACGACGAGCAAUCGCUGCUGCAGCACACGACCAACGAUCCGGGUUUUCUGGAAUCCAUCGAUUGGUUCGAGAGCCACCACCAGCAACUACCGUCGGAUACCCUCCUGGACUGAAUUAAUCCAUCCCCUAGCCGCCAUUUGUAUAUAGGAUUAUUUAUUUUAACGAAGCCGAAUUUUAUUAUUAUUAUUAUUAUUAUGAUACGGAAAUUUAAAUUAUUAUCUACCGCUGUGCUCUAGUUAUUUUUUGAAUAAUAAAGGAACCAUUCCAUAGAAA